GUGUGUGCAAGAACGUGGGUGAUCCGCGAACCAAAUAAAUUCGUUAACGAGGACGAGCAUGCAGUACACGGUGGGGCAGUGGCGCGUCGUUCUUCUCGUAUGGACGACAACAGUUCUCCCCAACCAGGCCCUUCAACUAGUAAAAAUUGAGAAAAAUCCUGGAAUCUUACCGGUUAAGUUAGGCACAGCAUUUUUACAACAAGAUAAGUGGUCAAUAGUUAAAACCAUAGCAUUAGACGGAAUAAGUAGAGAUAUCUCAUUUAAUUUACAAAAAUAUUCUGAAUUUAGUAAAAUGUUAAAUACGGACAAACCCUUCAAGAAUGAGUUUAUUGGAUUAAAGACACAUGUGGAAUACUUACGUGACGAAGUUAUUGAAAAAUACCAGCAGCUAGUACCUAUUAAGAGAAUUAAACGUGGUAUUCUUAAUCCACUGGGCUCCUUCAUAAAAGUUAUUAGUGGAAAUCUCGAUCAUGAAGAUGCAGUUCGUUAUGAUAAAUUGAUUAGCGAAAUACGUAAUAGAGAACAAGCCACAUCGAACAAAAUUACCUUAAUUUCUGAAAUAAUGGAUCAUUUUCUUAACUCUACCGUUACUAUAAAUAACAAUACCAUAAUCAUGAAAGAGCGACUAAGCAGGGUUGAAAAGAUGGUCAAGGAUAUUUCAACUAAAGAAAAUAACGCGAUAUACUCUACCUAUGUACUUGGAUUACUUAACCUAUUCAUAACUAAUUUUAGAACAUUGUAUAUUAAAUUAAGCGAAAUUGAGACAGCUUUAGCUUUUGGCAAGUUGGAAGUAUUGCAUAAGUCUAUAAUUAACCCCAUAGAACUAUCAAAUGUAUUAAAAUUUAUUAAUAAACAUAACAGUUUAAUGUACUCUGUAAACGAGGAAAACAUAAUCAAUAUAGAGGAAACAUUGUCGGUAAAAUCAUAUAUGAAACAGGAUCAAAUUAUGUUCAUUAUAGAAGUUCCACUUACUAGUAAUAGCUCUUACAAUUACUUUAAAUUAUUUCCACUACCUAUUUCCAAAAAUUCCCAAACAAUUAUUGUAAUCCCUGACUUUCCCUUCCUCAUCGUCGAAGGAACAACGUACCGCCCAUUAGCCCGACCGUGUAAGGAGAUAACUGCCGACGAAUACCUCUGCACUGAAAACGAAUUAAUACCCUAUCUCGAAGAAAGCUGUAUCGAACAACUAAUGAAGUAUAACACUGAGUUAUCCCACUGCUCACCACGCCGUAUAGAAUCUGAAAAGGUGAAAAUCCAACGUAUCUCUACAAAUUCAUGGAUUGUAUAUGUAAAACAGGAAACGGUACUUACACAAACCUGCGGCAAUGACGUCACACACCAACCCAUCCAAGGAACAUACGUCAUAACCUUACAGCAACAAUGUAACAUCCAUGUUGGGAGCAUACAGCUAUAUGAACAUAAGUUCCACUCUCUACAAUCUGAAUACAAGGCUAUUCCCGUAAUAAACCUGCCUGAUCUUCACUUCCCUGAACAGGAGCACGCAGAGCCUGUAGACCUGAAAGGAAUUAACCUGGACGAGGUACAACACCUUAACUAUUUACUGAAGAAAAGUGUAAUAAGUGAAAGUGCUAUCAGUGGUAUUAAUACAAAAUCAAUCAGUUUAGGAACACUAGUGCUCUAUGUCAUUGUAAUUACCGCAUUAUCUGUAUUAUGUAUUAAGUACAGAUUAGUUUUAUAUUCCUUAUGUUAUAAGCGUGAUUGUCAGCAACUUGUCGCUAAAAAAGACAGUCCCGCUUCAGACGAAAGUGCAGUUGACCCGCGACCCUUGCUUCUGAAAUAGUGAAUGACUAGGGUAGGACAACUAUACUGUCCUCUGCUUUUAUUAGAAAUUAAGUUUUACAUAUAUAAAAUAUAGAUUAGGUUUUGUAAAGAAGCCAUCAAGAAAAGACAGUUUUCCUGAUGACUUCCAUCUAAGGGGGGAGGAGUUAUACACUGUAGUCACACUGUAUCACCAUGAUUUCCCACACUUAUGAUGACUAAACAGUAAGCUUUCUUAGAAGCACAUCCGCCCCUUAGACGAUGAUGUGCUGAGUAAACAUUUUUGUAACCAACAAGCA